AACACGAAAGCGCUUAAAUUAUAAAGCCAGAGUUUAAAGAAAAUAAAAAAACAAAGCACACAAAAAAAAAACAACAAUAAAAGACAAUAAAUAAAGCCUUUUGUUAAUAAAAUACAAGUUUAAGAUUUUUGCAGCUUUGUUCAACUUAUAAAAUUCCCUUCAAGAUGAGUUGUGGAAUGUCCAUGGUCAAAUAUAUUCUAUUCUUAUUCAAUCUGCUAUGUUCGAUAUGCGGCAUAUUGUUGAUAGUGUUCGGAGCCUUGCUCUUCACCAACAUUCAUACAGUUGAAGAUUUUGCCGAGGCUUUGAAGACACAACAAGUACCCAUCACUUUGAUCGUUUUGGGCGUCGUAAUAUUAUUGAUAUCUUGGUUUGGUUGUUGCGGAGCCAUACGUGAAAGUUACUGCAUGUCUAUGACGUAUUCUGUUCUAUUGUUCGUGUUAAUGAUCGGUCAAUUGGUUCUGGUGACAUACAUGUGGUUGAAUAAGGAUAAAUAUCUGAUAAUCAUGGGUGAUGUGGUGGAGAAGGCAUGGCUGAAUCGUACCCGUAAAGGUGACUACAUGGAUGCCAUACAAAUAAGUAUGGAAUGCUGCGGCAAGUCCAGUUUUGAGGACUAUCGGUAUCAAGGAUAUUUUCCACCAUCUUGUUGCAAAGAUGCUCAAAAUUGCCGCUACGAGACGGUCUUUAAGAAAGGUUGCAAGCAAGCUUUUGUUGAUUUUUGGGAUAAAAAUGCCGACAUAAUCAAGUACGCUGGCCUAGUUAUUGCAGGCAUCGAGUUUGCCGGGUUUAUAUUUGCCUGCUGUUUGGCUAAUAAUGUGCGAAAUUAUAAACGUCGUUCCGCUUAUUAAACACCGGGAAACUUUACUUAUUUCUGCUUCGAAUCUCUUGUUAAUCUGUACAUAAUUCUAUGAAAAUAAUUUAAAUGAAUUGAUAUCGAACAAUAGAUUAAUAUGCAGAGAAUAAUGAAUAAUCUUAUAUAUAUAUAUCUAUAUAUAUAUAUAUAUUGUAUAAAGUGUCCCAAUAUAGCACACACAAUACGCAGUACCUAAAAAAAUGUAAUUGUAAUAAAAGGUACAAACAGUUAUAUAUGCAUAAAUUUAAGUGUGUAUACGUGCACGUAUACAUGUAACGUAAAUUAUAUUUAAAGACAAAAGAAAACGAAAGAAAAACCCAUCUCUUAUAAGAAGAA